AUAAUUUAAUUUUUAAUUUUAUACAUUGAAGUUAAAAAUAAAAUACGAACUACUAAUUGCAUUUUAUAUUUUGUAACUUUAGACUGUUUAUUCUCUGUUUAGUGAAUAUUGACCGUUAAUUUAAAUUAUAGAUAUGGCUAAGUGGCAGUUAGAAGUGUUACGAAUGGGUAUUUAUAUGGCAUUUCCUGUUAUCUUAUUCCAUUACUUCAACUUACCCGAAAAUUAUGAAGAUAAAGUAAUAAAAUUCAAGAGAGAGAUGUUUCCACCGGAAAGACCAGAACCUCAACAAAAAAUUGCUGAACUAAAGAGAAUAUUUCAAGAACGGAAAGAAGCAGAAUUAAAAAGGGUUUUUGAAGAAUAAAUGAGAUAAUCAUAGCACAUACUUUUAUAAAUUAUCACGUUUUGUAUAUAUUGUUUUAAGAUAUAGUUCUGUUAAAAAAUAUUAUAAUU